AUCCCACCUUCUUCUCUCUCGUAAAAAUUGAAAUUGAAAUUGAAGAGAGAACCACCGGAUCCCAUGGAGAUACAAAUUCCAGAGGAGGAUCCAAAAGCUCGUGGAAAGGAAUACCUGGACCUUAUUCGGCUGCAGAAAGUGACAAUUCAAAACAAUGUAUGCAUCACUCCGCUGGCUCCACCGUAUUAUCCGUUUGUCAAGCUUGUUGGGCUUGAUUCGUCGAUGGAUAAGAAGUACCUGUUGCAGAUCUUUGAUCCAGAACCUCCUGGAAAGGUGAUUGCCCUCCAGGUGGUGAGGGAGGAUGGUGAGCCGUAUGCCUUUAUCCAAUUUCGGAACCUAGAGAUAGCUGAACAUGCCAUGAAGAAUUAUCGGAAUUGGAUGCCCACGAAUGUUGAGAUGUGUUGGUUCAGAGAUCUGGACGAAGAAGGUCACCGCGAUAAGCAUCCCAAGCUCAAUCACCCUAAUCUUCUUCUCCCAGAUAUUCCUAGAAAACAAGUCAUUUAUCUACAUAGGUUGUGUUUCAUCCCGAGCAUUGAGCGUAUAACCGUGAAGGAUAUCAAAAACGGCGGGGCUGGUGCUAAAAUCUACGGAAAGGUGAUUGUUUUUGAUGAGAUAUGCAUGCAAGUCCUGUAUUGCUGCGGGGCAUCCGAAAGUGAAGAAAAGAGGAGAGGAGACGAUUUAAAACUGAAAGGUCCUCAUUGCUCUACCCUUGAAAUAUCGUAUGGCAUCACCAUUGGGAUAAACCUCUUUGAGGACCGUGGUGAUGGCCAAGAGAGAGUUUUUGCUAGAGGCGUAUUUAGCAAUGUGGGCGACGGUGUGGGGUUUUAUGAAGGGGAAGUGGGAGGUGAUGGCGGUGUUGUGAGUGUAGUUUUUGCCACACUUUCCGAUGCUGUUUGGGGUCUGGUUUGCAUUAGUGGGCUUCACCAAAAUAUGCGCGUGUACGGAUGCAUCAAAGCCUCUAGGGAAAUUGUCAGGAAACAGAGUGAUUUCGUAAUGUUCGCCAGAUCUUCUUCGGACGACUGUGUCCGUGUUGGCCCUGAUGGUUUUCUUCCUCUAGAUAGAUCCAUGGUGAUAGCAUCGAAAAGGGCUGGAUUGACCCUCUCCUUCUCUUUGAAUUUGUGCGGUGAUGAUGGGGAAUGGCGUGUUUUGCAAAAAGAUCUUGUGUUUGAGGCCGUGUUUAAGAACGAAGCCCAGACCAUAGACAUAGACAGUGAGGAUGGGGAAGUCAUCACCGUUUCCAUCACUUACGACGAUAACCCCAAAAUCGAUUCGGAGAGCGAGGAUGAGCAUGUAGCAGGGGGUCCAGACUAUGAUGAAGUGAUGGAGCUUGCCAAAUCCCAAUCUGCUCUUAACUUGCCUUUAAUACUGUGAUGUUGAGUAUAUACUAGUAGUAUGUCUUUGUUAUUCUCCAAAUUGUGUUUCUGCUAGCCUAUGUGCCUGCCUGUGUUAAUAUCUUUACUUUCCCCAAAUUUUGUUUCGGCUUAUGCGCAUAGACCCAGACCUG